AUGGCCAUCAGCACAGACGACAACCGUCCCAUGAGGCAUGGGUUGGUAGGUGCGAAAGCUCUCUCGUUGCCCACAAACAUGCACAGUGGCUCCAGUGUCUACGAACCAACCUCGAGCACAGAUUGCUCGAGUAAGAGAGGAGAUCAUGAAAAUCUCUCCAAGCAUGAGCAUCUGCUGGGACAGCAUUACCGCUAUUGUGGGGAUGUUAUUCUUGAGUUCUAUUCACUCAUAGAAACCAUAGGAGCAACGUCUUGCAUUGUUCUAGGCAGGAAGAAAAUGCCUAGAAAACACAUCAAGGCUGCCGUCGUACAGCUGCAUGUCACUCGCAUCAAAUCGGGCGCAGAAACCCAUCUUCUUAACAGAAAUUACACACAAUUUUACGUAUAG